ACAUAUUCUGAUAUUCAACAAUAACCAACAACUAAAAACCUAAUAUACCGAGAAGAAUAUCAAAAUGUCGACAACAUUCAAAGCCAUAAGAGACCGGACAUAUUCAGGCGUAGGAGACCUCAUAAGGCUCCUCCCGACAGGAACCGUCUUCUUGUUCCAGUUCUUAAACCCUGUCUUGACCAACAAUGGUCAUUGCCUCCUAAUCAACAAAUACUUAACCGGAGCUCUCAUCGCUAUAUGCGCCUUCUCUUGCUGCUUCACUUGCUUCACCGAUAGCUACCGAACAAGGGACGGUUACGUUCACUAUGGAGUGGCCACCGUGAAGGGUCUCUGGCCAGAUUCGUCUUCAAAGGAUUUGUCUUCGUAUCGGCUUAGAGUUGGAGAUUUCGUUCACGCUUUCUUCUCUCUUAUCGUUUUCAGUGUUAUUUCUUUGUUGGAUGCUAAUACUGUUAACUGUUUCUAUCCUGGCUUUGGUUCCACUGGGAAGAUUUUUCUUAUGGUUUUGCCUCCGGUGAUCGGAGUUAUCUCCGGCGUUGUUUUCACGGUGUUCCCUAGUAGACGUCAUGGAAUUGGGAAUCCCUCGGAGAACAAUGAGGACAAUGCGUCCGAGAUAGAGAAAUGAUACGAUUUCCACUCUAUAUGUGCAUAAUAAAAUGAAACGGCAUGUGAUUAUUCAUGAAAUAACAAAUAUUAAGGUUAUGUAAGUUAUGCAUGAAUGGU